AAGCUUCCUUGCUUUUCCUCCAUCUCUGAAGAAGCUGUUGGUAUUGGGCUUUUUGACUUUGAUCAGAGCCACAGCUACCUCUGUUUCGCUGAAAUUGCAGAGCGAUUCUGAUCUUCCGGAUUGCGAUUUAUAAAGAGUAUUCCUCGGACUCAGAUUCUCGUGCUGAAAUUAUUUGCCAAGCAAUUCAUAAUUUGACACUCUGUACCCAAAUACAGGUUUUGUUUCCAAACCUUUGUUCCGGAUAUCCGGGUACAAUGCGUGCACCAUCAUUGCUUGCACAAUGUUUGCCCGGCUUGGUGCCUCAAGACAAAGGAAGUCAAAGCGUGUCCUCUAUUUCGGAGAGGGAUUCGCACCUCCCUUCACCAGCUGUUGAGAUUAUCCCUUCGAAGACUGCUCACCCGUACAAGUAUGCUGGUGAGAAUAUUGACUUGCAAGGACUCAAUGUCUUCAAGGGGAGAGUUAGUGUUUCUGAUAUCAUCGGCUUCAAUGGUUCAGAGAUGAUAUCCAUAAAACCAUAUGGGCAUCUGAAAUCUUGGGAUAGCUCCAUUGAUCUUGUUAAUGUCCUUAAGCAUGAGAUUCGAGAUGGGCAAGUGAGCUUUCGAGGAAAAAGGGUGCUUGAGUUGGGUUGCGGCUAUGGCCUUCCAGGGAUUUUUGCAUGCCUAAAGGGAGCUUCCACGGUGCACUUUCAAGACCUGAAUGCAGAAACCAUUAGAUGCACAACUAUACCAAAUGUCCUAGCCAAUCUUGAGCAGGCUCGAGACAGGCAGAGCCGGCAGACAGAAAGCCCUCUGACUCCAUCAAGACAAACUGUGACCCAGUCAGUGCAUUUUUAUGCUGGUGACUGGGAAGAACUUCCCACAGUCUUGUCUAUUGUAAGGAAUGAUGGUGAAGCAUCAACAGGAAUGAAUCUCAGCUUCUCUGAGGAGGAUUUUAUGGAUGGAUGUAGCAGCCAAGACGGUAGCAUCUUGGCACGAGAAUCCUCCUCAAGGCGAUCGAGGAAGCUUUCAGGAAGCCGGGCAUGGGAGAGGGCUAGCGAGACAGAACAAGGAGGCGGAUAUGAUAUUAUCUUGCUGACAGAGAUCCCAUAUUCUUUGACCUCGUUGAAGAAACUUUAUGCACUCAUAAAGAAGUGUUUGAGGCCCCCAUAUGGAGUGCUGUACUUGGCCACAAAAAGGAACUACGUUGGCUUCAAUAGCGGAGCUCGGCAUCUCAGAAGCCUGGUAGAUGAAGAAGGCAUUUUCGGAGCCCAUCUAGUGAAGGAGAUGGCUGAUAGAGAUGUAUGGAAGUUUUUUUCCAAGUGAACUAAAAGUACAGAAGUCAGUAAUAAGGAAGUCAAAAUAUUAAAGAUAAGCGGAAUAGGAUCGUAUCCGGAACCUCUUUGUGAGGAUCUUAGGGAUAAGUUCAUCCUAUCUGUUUAUUAGUUAUCCUGCAGUCAGAAAUCAUUUUGAAGUUUUUAUUUAAAAUUGAACACAAACAGUACCUAACGACCGCACGAUGUAUAAUGAACGGGUAAGAUGAAUUAAUUCUUAGGAUCCUCACAAAGGGGAUUCGGAGAGGAUCCUCAUCCAAGAUUAGCCGAC